AUGUAAAAUUCGUCUACGGAGAGUGCAGUAGGCUAAGAUCACAAUAUCUCGAAAUGGAGAAGUUAUGGUUUACUGGAAACUGAUGGAGGAUCGUCUUCCUUUUCAUUCCAACCAAAAAAGAAAAAUCCUAUCCAAAAAUCAAAUACAAUGCACAAUCUAAUUCAAUAAUUCCAAACUUAAACCCAAGAAAAUAAUGAUCUGAAAAAUAGUUAAAGUGAAUCUAAAAAUAGAUUCAGUCAAAGAACUCAGCAAAGUAUACCAAGCAGAAGUUCCAUAAAUAAAUAGCCUCUUGAUGAUGAUAUAUAAUUUGAUAUGUUCUCUGUCAACCCUGGGUCCAAUAUAUUAAAUUUAACCUAACACACUAUUCCUAUUGUGCUAUAAUUAAGAACAAAAACUCUAGAAGAAUUAGAUUAGAUUGGUGUAGAUUUAUUUUGUUUAAUUGACAUUGGCAAUGGCAUGUAAGGUUAAAAAAUUGACUAUGUGAAACAAAUCUUGCAUUCAAUAUUAACCAAUCUAAGAGAAUAGGAUAGAUUAUGCUUAAUUAGUUUCAACAAUGACGGCAAACUGUUAACGGGCUUGUAAAAGGUAACAUCAGAGACUCAAGAGUAUUUUGCAUUCGUUAUUGAUGGUUUAUAAUGUAAUGGGACAACAGAACUAUGGAAAGGAACAGAAGUAGCUUUUGAUGUUAUCAAUUAAAGAAAAAAUAAAAAUAAUUGGGCUAGAAUUCUCAUUUUUUCAGAUGGUCAAGAUGAAAUUGCUCUUACUAAAAUUAAAAAGUAAUUAGAGUACAAUUAUGAUAUUUUCACUAUCGACUCAUUUGGAUUCAGCAAUUCAAAUGCAAGCAAACGAUUAUCCUCCAUAACAAAUUUAAGAUUUGGGAAACACCAUAUUAUAAAUAGCGAAUAAUAGGUGUUUAAAUGUUUGGAGUAAACCUUUGCCAAUUUUCCAUUCAAUCUAUGGGAUGAUGUAACUAUUACAAUCUCAACCAACCAAUAAAAUAUUCCAUUUGAAAAGAUUAUGAUUUCUGAGAUACACAGUGAAGGGUGGAUUGAACUGCAAAAUUAACAUUAAUAUUAAAUCACAAUUCCUAAUCUGGAAAUCGGAGAAUCCUUUUUAUUUCCUAUGGAAUUGGCCUUUUAGAAGUUUAAUGACAAUAUAGUUGAUAGAGCAAAACCAAUCACCUUAAUAACUGGAAAAAUAGAAAUGAAAAAUACUAUAACAGGCAAAAGGAUGAUUAAAAAUGUUGAACUAGAUGCUAUUUUCCUUUAUGAAAAUGAUUCUAACACUCUAGAUUUUAACACUUAUUUUAAUUGCAAAUAAUCUCCAUUAGUCAUAUGGAUUUGUGAUUUAUAAUAAACUUGUAAUUAAUAUUUUAUUUAAUAGAAUUCAAUCGAAAAUCCUACUUCGAUUUAAUCUGUGAGAACUUACAACUCAAAGGGCAAUUGUAAUCUUAAAGAAUUAAACAACUCUAUGAUGAAGAACCAUCUUGAAUUUAAAAUACAAGUGAAUUUUGUUUAUAUUACAUGA